AUGCCAAUUCCAAUUGUUCCCUCUAAUGCCAGUAUAGAGACAGAAAAUGUAAAACUAAAUCAAAGCCAAGAACCCCCAAACAAGUUGUCUGCAUCAGCUACUCCAUUUAACCCAUCGCCACCUGCUGUCCGUGUUGCACCAAUGCCCAUGAACAUUGCUCUACCUCCUCCUGCUCCUGGGCCCACCCCAUGGCAAAUGAAUAUGACUCUUCACCCAAGACCACCUUCUUCACCUCACUCACCCUACCCUACACCUCCACUUCCAGGCACCCCCAAUAUGAUGCACCCACACCCAUUGCCUCUUAUGUACUCUCCUCCAUAUACACAAGCUCCAUCGUUAUCAUUACCCAUACCCAACACUAACACUACAUAUCCUGUAACCACCGGUCCCUUUCAUCCCAAUCAUUUCGCAUGGCAAUGUAAUAUGGGCGCUAAUGGGUUACAAUAUGUUACUGGGCCCGUUUGGUCAAACUGCCAUCCAAUGGAAUUCUCCAUCUCCCCACCAGCAGUAAGGCCGAUUUCUGAUCCAAACAUGGAGACCAAACAGGUGUUUGAUGCUCCUCCUAGUUUAUUGGAGGUUAACAAUGUGGAUGAAACUAAGCAAGAAGUGAGUCUUGAGAAAUCUAAUGGUUCAAAUCAUGGCCAAAGGGUUGAGAACGAGAAGACGUUUAAUAUAUUGAUAAGGGGGAGAAGAAACCGAAAACAGACUUUGAGGAUGCCCAUUAGUCUGCUCAACAAGCCGUAUAAUUCUCAGUCCUUCAAAGUCAUAUAUAGCAGAGUCAUCAGAGGAAGUGAAGCUCCAAAGUCUAGCACCAGCCUUUCUUCUCAACCUACUGCUACUGCUACAUAG